UGCAUAUUCUGAGAGCAAAUGGAGGAUUAGAUUAAUAUCUUGAGGUUCGAGCGAUGGCUGGCGAGAACGGCAGAAGUGGUGAUAAGAGUGUGGAUGAGGCGAGCACAUCAAAAAGCCUGGAGGUGGAGGAGAAGAGUUCUGGUGGAAGGGGGGACCAACAAGAGCCAGUGAAGAGUAAAGGAGAUGAGGAAACUAAAACCGUUCCCUUUCCCAAGCUCUUUUCAUUUGCGGAUUCUACAGAUAUUUUGUUGAUGAUCCUUGGGACGAUUGGUGCUGUUGGAAAUGGAGCAUCCUUUCCGAUUAUGUCAAUACUGUUUGGUGAUCUGGUUAAUUCUUUUGGAAAAAACCAGAAUAACAAAGAUGUUGUGGAUUCAGUUACUAAGGUGGCUCUCAAUUUUGUCUACUUGGGAAUUGGUUCUGCUGUAGCAGCAUUUCUUCAGGUGGCUUGCUGGAUGGUCACGGGAGAGAGACAAGCUGCUCGGAUAAGGGGUACAUAUUUGAAAACCAUACUGAAGCAAGACGUUGCCUUUUUUGACAAGGAAACAAACACUGGAGAGGUUGUUGGUAGAAUGUCUGGUGACACUGUUCUGAUACAAGAUGCUAUGGGUGAAAAGGUUGGGAAAUUUAUACAGUUGGUAUCAACAUUCAUUGGAGGCUUCAUCGUUGCAUUUGUUAAAGGGUGGCUACUUACUCUUGUCAUGUUAUCCUCCAUUCCCCUGCUUGUGAUAGCUGGUGCAGGACUGUCCAUCAUGAUAUCUAGGAUGGCAUCUCGUGGCCAAACUGCUUACGCUAAAGCAGCGACUGUAGUAGAACAGGCUAUUGGUUCAAUUAGAACAGUUGCAUCAUUUACCGGGGAGAAGCAAGCCAUAAGUAAUUACAAGAAGUUUCUUGUCACUGCUUAUAACUCUGGUGUUCAAGAAGGCUUUACUGCUGGAUUAGGUCUUGGCAUCGUUAUGCUAUUUAUUUUCUGCAGCUAUGCUUUGGCAAUAUGGUUUGGUGGAAAGAUGAUUUUGGAAAAAGGAUACACUGGGGGUGAUGUGCUUAAUGUGAUUGUUGCUGUUUUAACCGGCUCUAUGUCCCUAGGGCAAGCAUCUCCCUGCAUGAGUGCGUUUGCAGCUGGUCAAGCUGCAGCUUACAAGAUGUUUGAGACUAUAAAUAGAAAGCCAGAGAUAGAUUCUUCGGAUACAAGGGGAAAGAUAUUGGAUGACAUCAGUGGAGAUGUAGAGUUGAGGGAUGUGUAUUUCACUUAUCCAGCCAGACCAGAUGAGCAGAUAUUUUCUGGAUUCUCUCUUUUCAUCCCUAGCGGAACAACUACCGCAUUGGUUGGACAAAGUGGAAGCGGAAAGUCAACGGUGAUCAGUCUGAUAGAGAGAUUUUAUGAUCCACAAGCUGGUGAAGUUCUCAUAGAUGGCACUAACCUCAAAGAGUUUCAGCUCAAGUGGAUUCGGGAGAAAAUUGGUCUUGUCAGCCAAGAACCUGUGUUGUUUGCAUCCAGCAUCAAGGAUAACAUUGCUUAUGGAAAAGAUGGUGCAACAACUGACGAGAUAAGAGCUGCAGCUGAAGUUGCCAAUGCUGCUAAAUUCAUCGAUAAACUACCUCAGGGAAUAGACACCAUGGUUGGUGAACAUGGAACUCAGCUGUCUGGGGGACAGAAGCAGAGAAUUGCCAUAGCAAGAGCCAUUCUGAAAGAUCCACGUGUUUUACUUUUGGAUGAAGCUACAAGCGCACUUGAUGCAGAAUCGGAAAGGAUAGUACAGGAGGCAUUAGACCGGAUUAUGGUCACUCGAACAACUGUAAUAGUUGCCCACCGUUUGAGCACUGUGAUAAAUGCUGAUAUCAUUGCAGUUAUUUACCGUGGGAAGAUAGUUGAGAAAGGUUCACAUUCGGAACUCCUCAAGGAUCCUGUAGGAGCUUAUUCUCAGCUUAUACGCUUACAAGAAGUUAACAAAGAGUCCAAACAAGAAACAGAAGACCCCAAGAAGUGAUGUACAUACUUAUUUUCGGUGGCCGGUUGCAAAUUAAUCCAAAGGAUCCGAUCUAUGUGUUUUGAGAAGGUGGUUCACAUGGAGGUCGGUUGGUUCGACGACCCUGAGCACUCAAGCGGAGCCAUUGGUGCUAGGCUGUCAGCGGAUGCAGCAACAGUGCGUGCUCUGGUCGGAGAUUCUCUUUCCCAGUUGGUUCAGAACAUCGCAUCAGCUGCUGCGGGUUUGGUCAUUGCCUUUACUGCAUGUUGGCAAUUGGCAUUCGUAAUACUUGUACUCCUUCCUUUAAUAGGACUCAAUGGAUUUGUACAAAUAAAGUUCAUGAAAGGAUUCAGUGCGGAUGCAAAGAAAAUGUACGAGGAAGCAAGUCAAGUUGCAAAUGACGCUGUUGGCAGCAUAAGAACUGUUGCCUCUUUCUGUGCUGAAGAGAAGGUGAUGCAAUUAUACAGAAGGAAAUGUGAAGGCCCUAUGAGGACUGGAAUAAGGCAAGGGAUGAUCAGUGGAACAGGAUUUGGAGUUUCUUUCUUUUUACUGUUUUCUGUCUACGCAACCACUUUCUAUGUAGGAGCUCAACUUGUCCGGCACGGGAAAACAACUUUCACGGAAGUUUUUCGAGUUUUCUUUGCUUUAACCAUGGCAGCAAUUGGAAUUUCUCAAUCAAGCUCCUUUGCUCCUGAUUCCUCAAAAGCCAAGGGAGCAGCUGCUUCCAUAUUUGCUAUUAUAGACCGAAAGUCGAAGAUUGAUCCAAGUGAUGAGUCGGGAAGGACAUUAGACAACGUGAAAGGAGAAAUUGAACUUCGUCAUAUAAGCUUCAAGUAUCCAAGCAGGCCGGACAUUGAAAUUUUCCGAGACCUGAGCUUGGCUAUUCAUUCUGGCAAGACUGUUGCCCUGGUUGGAGAAAGUGGAAGUGGGAAAUCAACGGUGAUCUCAUUAUUGCAAAGAUUUUAUGAUCCCGAUUCAGGGCAUAUAACUCUUGAUGGAAUUGACAUUCAGAGUCUCCAACUUAAGUGGUUGAGGCAGCAGAUGGGGCUUGUGAGCCAAGAACCUGUUCUCUUUAAUGAAACAAUCCGUGCCAACAUUGCGUAUGGAAAGGAAGGGAAUGCAACGGAAGUAGAAAUACUAGCUGCAUCGGAGCUGGCCAAUGCACACAAGUUCAUUAGUGGUUUACAACAGGGGUACGAUACUGUUGUUGGGGAGCGAGGAACCCAGUUGUCGGGGGGGCAGAAACAAAGGGUGGCUAUUGCUCGCGCUAUGGUCAAAAGUCCCAAAAUACUUCUAUUGGAUGAGGCUACCAGUGCGCUAGAUGCUGAAUCUGAAAGAGUGGUUCAAGAUGCACUGGACAGAGUAAUGGUGAGUAGGACUACAGUGGUUGUCGCCCAUCGGUUAUCUACAAUCAAGAACGCAGAUGUUAUUGCCGUGGUGAAAAAUGGAGUUAUUGUAGAGAAAGGAAAGCAUGAGACUUUGAUCCAUAUCAAAGAUGGCUUUUAUGCCUCCUUAGUAGCUCUUCACUUGAGUGCCUCAACUUCUUGAUUCACCCCUGCAAUUUUUCUAGCACCCAUUUUUUAGGAAGGGCUGUCAUCUUCUUGUUUCAAACACUGGCGAAAUUUUGUAAACAUCAAGUUUUCUUGUUUCUUUUACGGAAUAACACAGCAAUUUCUGGUAUACUACCGUGAACAACAGAAAAGGUUCC